AUGAAGAAUUGUUUGCAACUGGAAUUAACUGACGUGAUCGUGAAUGAUGUAAAACAAAACAGUGACGAGCUACAAAGAUUUUUUGCUUUAUGUAGCAUCGAUAAACUAAGUAUAAGGCAAAAUAGCAACAGAAUAAAGAAACGUUUUGUUACGAUGUGUUUCGAUGCGAGAAAGAGUUUAGAAGAAGAAAAAAUGACUACCGAGAUGAGAGUGAGAAAGAGAAGACGAAAAGAAGAAAUUGAAGAUGCUUGUAAGCGUCUUGUGUCAGUUCAGUAA